AUGGGCGACGCAACCCUAAAGCACACCACCGAGGUCCACCGGGACUUCGUCUCACAAGUCCCGGAGUACCAUCGUGUACGAUCUCUUAGUAUCCAGCAACAGCCAGAUAGCUUGGCUCUCGGGACCAGCUUGAGUGAAUUCUGGGCAGGUAUAGCAAUUGAGGAGGAAUCCGCCUCGGCCCUGAAGAUUGGCAUCGCCAUCCAUGAUGGCACGUACAGCGUCGACUUUGCAAUUCACCGUCUAAGUGCCCAAGAAGACGCUCGCAAGGACAGGGACUCCGACUGGGUGGUUGAUCACAUCGUGUCACAGCUGGAGGCUUACAGAAAGGAACAUGUCUGUAAGAUCCUCGGAGCUGGCAUCACUGCCGAUCUCCACCACAAAAGUCCGAACCUCUGUUCAAGAUUGUGGGCAGAAAUGGACAUCGUGCCAAUCGUGGUCGAGUCCAAUCCGAUCCUGCAACCAACCCAAGGUCGCCAGAGACGGAGGGCGCUCCUGGUGGACGAAAUGGCAGAUUCUGCUGCUCGAAAAUGUCUCGCAGCCUACGCCCCGACCAAACUCCCACGCCUGGCUAUCAGCUACCAAAACCAGGUGGAGGUCGAUAUGGCAGGCAUGAUUCACUUGGCCACUGCUGAUGACUACAAACGAUCGGUGCGAGAACCGACGUGGACGGCAGUCCAGAAGUACAUCAAGGACGUGGUCGACCGCAAGCUGAGGAUUGUCUUCUUCAGUGCGACCCCCCAAGGCGGAGGCGUGGCCUUGAUGCGGCAUGCAUUGAUAAGAUUCUUGCGACUCUACGACGUGGAUAUCGAAUGGUUCGUGCCCAAACCUCGGCCAGACGUCUUCCGCAUUACGAAGAACAACCACAACAUUCUUCAAGGCGCGGUACCGCCUGACGUGCGCACCAGUGACGAGCAGCUCGCCAAAAUCAAGGAGUGGAUCCAGGACAAUGCCGAACGAUACUGGAUGGGGGACUCUGGUCCGCUCAGGGCUCCUGCAGACGGCGGGGCGGAUGUGAUCAUCAUCGACGACCCCCAGAUGCCGGAGCUGAUUCCAAUUGCCAAACAGUUCGCCCCGAACCGACCCAUCAUCUUCCGAUGCCAUAUCGAGGUGCGCGAUGAUCUUAUCCUUGAGGAUGGCAGCGCGGCGCAGCAAGUGUGGCGGUUCCUGUGGAACUCCAUCAAACACGCCGACGUCUUCCUCAGUCACCCGGUGCGGUCUUUUGUGCCAAAUGAUGUCCAAAAGCCGGCCCUCGGUUGGCUCCCUGCAACCACCGACUGGCUCGACGGACUCAACAAAACCAUGGCCGAUUGGGACCUGCAGUACUAUCUCCAUGUUCUCAGGCAGACCUGUCAGGCCCAGUGCCUUCCGCAGCUUGCGUAUCCCUCGCGCGGAUACUUCACGCAGAUCGCCCGGUUCGAUCCUUCCAAGGGAAUCCCAGAUGUGAUCUCGAGCUACGCCCGAUUCUGCGAACUGAUGAAGGACGAGCCGUUACGGAAUGUGCACCAACUGGUCAUCUGUGGCCACAGUUCCGUGGAUGACCCGGAUGGAUCCUUGAUCUAUGACCAAACCAUGAAUCAAAUCCGCGAGUCCUACCCCGACCUCAUCGACGACAUUGUGGUGGUUCGGCUCGGACCGAGUGACCAAAUCCUGAAUGCCAUCAUGUCACUCUGCACGGUGGCCCUGCAACUGUCCACUCGGGAGGGCUUUGAGGUCAAGGUUUCGGAGGCACUGCACAAGGGCAAACCCAUCAUCGCCACCCGCGCCGGCGGCAUCCCGCUCCAGAUCGAGGACAACAAGAGUGGCUUCUUGGUCGAACGCGGUGACCACGAAGCGGUGGCGAAGCACCUCUACGACCUUGUCAACGACUAUGACCUUUAUGAGGAGAUGAGCGAAUACGCAAGGACACAUGUUAGUGACGAAGUCCACACGGUCGGAAACGCCCUCAGUUGGCUGUAUCUCGCCUCAUCCGUGGCGGGUGGGAAGACGCUGGAACCGAAUGAAAGGUGGAUCAACGACCUGGCCCGAGAAGGUGCCGGUGAGCCGUACGCCGAUGACGAGCCACGUCUACCUCGACACCUUUCGACCUGA